AUGCAUGUCCCUGCCUCCUUGUUCUAACUGCCGCUUCCAUCCUUGCUGCUGCCUCUGCUACUGGGGCUUACCGGAGUGGCAGAUGAGGAAACACUGCAGGUGAUUCAGCCUGAGAAGUCAGUGUCAGUUGCAGCAGGAGAAACGGCCACUCUGCACUGCAACGUGACCUUCCUGCUCCCCGUGGGACCCGUCAAGUGGUUCAGGGGAAAGCCAGGCCCAGAGUUAAUCUACAAUAUCAGAGGAGGCCCCUUCUCCCGAGUAACAAUUAUUUCAGACAAAACAAGGAGAAACAACACGGACUUUUCCAUCCACAUCAGUAACAUCACCUCAGCAGAUGCUGGUGUCUACUACUGUGUGAAGUUCCAGAGAGGAAGCCCUGACGUGGAGAUUAAGUCUGGACCAGGCACCUGGCUCUCUGUGCGUGCUAAGCCCUCUCUUCCAGAGAUUUCUGGCCCCUCCAACAGGGCCAACCCAGGCCAGAUGGUGAAUCUCACCUGCACAUCAACUGGCUUCCUUCCCAAAAACAUACACCUCAAAUGGUUUGAAAAUGGUGUGGAGCUUCCAGCCCAUCAGACCCUCAUCGUCCGUCCUGCAGAUGCUUCCUCUUACACCACCAUCAGCACCACCCUGGUGACCCUUGCCUUGUCCUUACUCCACUCCCAGGUCACCUGCCAAGUGGCUCACAGUGAAUUGCCGAGUCCCUUCAGUGGGCAUGUGAACAUCUCUAAGUUCCUUCAAGAGCAGGAGCUCCAUGAGGCAAGGACCUGCCUGCCUUUUCUCACUGCUGCAUCCCAAGAACUGAGAGCAAUGUCUAGGAAGGUGUGGGUGCUCCUUGAGCAUCAUUUACAUGAAGGAAGAAGUAAUGAAGGAAGCGCUGUUGUUUCAGUUGUUCCCACAGUGAAGAUGUCAGUGCACCGUGUUCCAAGCCUCCACGUGGCCAUCCUCAUCUGCCAUGUGCAAACGUUUUACCCUGAAGCCAUAGAAAUCACCUGGCAAGGGAGGAAAGGAUACUUCAGGACCUGUGAGGUCUUCACCCCCACCCAGAACCCAGAUGGCACAUUCAGCCAAGACAGUCAUAUCCUUGUCAGCACCUCGGAGGACAGAAGGCUAUUCACCUGCCAAGUGUGGUGUGAGACCCAGACACUGGUCCAGAGCAGCAUGCAGCUGAGAGAGCUUACAGAACAGCAGGAGAGUUUGGGUGAAUAG